ACCUACACCUUCCGCAUUUCUUCUACAUUUCAUACUCUUCACGCAUUCUCACACUCACACUCAUUCUUUCUUGUUCUUCUAACAACAACAGUAACAACAAACAAAACAACAACCUCUCUCCGAAAAUGGUCGGAUUUUCUUCCGACACCGAUGAAGACUCCACCAUUGAAGAAAUCAUCUCUCAAGCACAAGACUCAAUCCUCCUUAAACAAAUCUCCGCCAUCAAUUGUUCUUCUUUCACCCAUUCCGAUCUUCCAGCAGACCUUGAAUCCCGUUUCCACAAACUCAAAUCCUUCCCUGCUAAUCACACCACCCCACCACCUUACCACCCCAAACCUCCUCCCACCUUUUCAAACCCCAAUUCAACAAACCCCCCAAAAAGUUCCAAUCUUUCACCUCCCAAAGAUGCUAAAUCCAUAAAGAAUCCAGAUUCUGAUUCUGGGUCGGUCUCUUCUCCCGAGAAAAAGGAAAAUAAACCAAAACCAAAACCAAAAAAUGGGUCUUUUUCACCUUCGGAUUCUUCUCAUACCUCUGAAGAAAGUUCAAUGUCUUCACUGUUCAUGCCAUUGCAAACGAAGAAAGAUGAAGAGAAACGUCCAAAGGUGAAGUAUGUGUCUCCUAGCCCGUCACCUCCUCGAAAAUGGGGUUGUUUUUGGUGCUCUCCUAAGAAGGAGAAGAAGAAGGUGAAAAGCAAGGAGAAUGAUGAUACUGUUGGGUCAUUGGAGGAAUAUACAAGUGAUGAGUUCUUGUCUGAUAUUGGAAGUUUGUCAAGUUUGUCAACCAAGAAACGGAUGAAUAUGAUUGAUAAAGCUUUGAAGGAAGAACAGGAGAAGAUUAACCGUGAGGCUGAGAAGAUUGUUGAAUUGGUUAAACAGGCAUCUGCUAGGAUGAUUGUUUCUUCUGAUAUUGAGGAUGAGUUAAGCGAUGAUUAGACUAUGGAGCAUUACUGCAUUUUGGAUUGGAUCCCUUCUAUACAUGUUUCUGUUUACAUAUAUACAAAUAUGUUGUUAUAAAAUUAAAUGAUGGUCUAUAUUCUGUUCUUUCUGUUAAACAAUUGAUUGAGCAAAGAGUUUUGGAUUUGAUGCUCUCGCCUUAUAGUAUAUACUAUAUUCAAAUGCAAAGAGUUGUUGUGAAGUAUUACAUGUCUUGAGGAUUUGCAAUUUGUUGCACUAGUACAACCCUAGUUACCAUACUCUGUUUUGUUCAAAUUUGGAGCUUGUUUUGGAGAUUUUGUUCUUCAAUAUGUCAUUUUAUCUUUUCUUUUUUGGGUAUAUUCUUGCAAUUGAUUGUUAUGAUAGUGACACAUCAAGCAUUUUUGGAGGUGUUUGUUAAUAAGGAAAGAAUUGAUGUAUCACGGAAUGUUUUGACAGAUCUACAACUACAAGGCAUUUUUAUU